GCCCUCCGCCUUCCUCUCUCUGCCGCCGCCUCCACUCUCCGCCACCCUGCCAGUCAAAACCACCAGCCUGUCCUCAUCCUCGCGACAACUUCUCCUCCCGCCCACGCUCGUCCCUCCAGCUUCUCUGCCACUGCGCAUCCUCCCGGACCUCAUCCUCCACCAGCCGGCCGCUCUACCGUUCGCCUCUCGCCUCCUGUUCCAAAUCAAUACCGUCAAAAUGGCCGCUCUCAGCCCCCAGGUUGUCAACAUCGUCAUCAUUCUCGGAAUGAUGCAGGUGUCCAAGCGCGUCCCCUUUGACGACCCCAACGUCCUCAACGGUGUCCGCGCCAUGUACCUCCUCAGCAACCUCAUCAUUGCUGGUCUCUACGUCUACUGCCAGAUGCUCAUCAACAAGAAGAAGGACCUCACCACCCUCAAGUAUGUCGAGCCUGCUCCCGUCGGUUCCACCGAGGAGCCCAAGCUCGUCACCACCACCGUCCACGCCUACGACUCGCAGCAGAUCAAGGCUGCCUUCCGCACCCAGGCCAUGGGCAUGGCCAUGAUGGGCUUCAUGCACCUGUACAUGAAGUACACCAACCCCCUCCUCAUCCAGUCCAUCCUGCCCCUCAAGAGCGCCAUCGAGCACAACAUGGUCAAGAUCCACAUCUUUGGCAAGCCUGCCAGCGGUGACCUCAAGCGCCCCUUCAAGCAGCCUGCCGGCUUCAUGAGCGCCAUGAGCGGUGCCACCCAGAGCGACAAGAAGGCCGUCGAGGCUGCCGAGCGUUCCGGCCGUGGUGGCGCCAAGGAGGAGUAGAGCUUCGAUGGGAAGCGACUACUCACCAGGAGCCAUGUACUAUAUACAUUGUGGGCGCAGUGCGUGCGUAGGUGCUCCAGGUCACUCUGUGGUCUGAGUGCUUUGCAACGCACGAAUAUACGCAUAAUCCAGUAGAGAAAUAAAAGGCGGACGGUCUGAAAUAUAUACUUGCUGGAGUAACUAUCAGUUUUUGGCAC